CCAUUCGGCGAGGCGCGUCGUAAUGAAAGGAGCGCGUGAGCGGCGGUUGCUGUGACUUCCUUGCUCAUCGGCAGCUACAUUGUGUGGAAGCAGCACGUUGUUGGCUUCUGCACGCUGUGAACUUUACGCCGAAAAUUCUCCUGUUCAAGGGGAAACCAGAUUUCAAAGCUACCAGCUAGUUUCUCAUACGACUGUUAGUUAUCCCAGCUUGAGAAAUCAUGUCGGCCUCGGCGGCAAAAGUGAGUAAAAAGGAGCUGAACUCGAACCAUGACGGAGCGGACGAAACCUCCGAGAAAGAGCAGCAAGAAGCUAUUGAGCACAUCGACGAAGUUCAAAACGAAAUUGACAGGUUGAACGAGCAAGCCAGUGAGGAGAUCCUCAAAGUAGAACAGAAAUACAACAAACUCCGUCAGCCAUUCUUUCAGAAGAGGUCAGAACUGAUCGCCAAAAUCCCCAACUUCUGGGUCACUACGUUUGUCAACCAUCCACAAGUAUCUGCCCUACUGGGAGAGGAAGAUGAAGAAGCACUUCAUUACCUCAGCCGAGUGGAGGUGACAGAGUUUGAAGACAUCAAGUCGGGCUACAGAAUAGAUUUUUAUUUUGACGAAAAUCCAUACUUCGAAAACAAAGUACUUUCCAAAGAGUUCCAUUUGAAUGAGAGCGGGGACCCAUCUUCGAAGUCGACAGAAAUCAAAUGGAAAUCAGGAAAGGACCUGACCAAGCGCUCCAGCCAGACACAGAACAAAGCCGGAAGGAAGAGGCAACAUGAAGAGCCAGAGAGCUUCUUCACUUGGUUCACUGAUCACGCUGACGCCGGUGCUGAUGAGCUCGGGGAGGUCAUCAAGGAUGACAUCUGGCCUAACCCCCUGCAGUACUACCUGGUUCCUGACAUGGAUGAUGAAGAAGGGGAAGGUGAGGACGAUGAAGAGGACGAGGAGGGUCUGGAGGACAUCGACGAGGAGGGAGAUGAAGAUGGAGAGGAGGACGAAGAGGAAGAUGGAGAAGAUGGAGAGGAUGAUGAGGGAGAAGACGACUAAGUAAUAACUUGAUCUACCCAAACCGUAAACCUUCUAUUCCCUGUUUGGUUUUUCCACUCACAUUCGGGAGCAAAGGUUUUAAUUUUAUUUUUUGGUUACUUUUUUUUUAUAAAUAAAUCCGUGUGUGCUUCAUUUUCCAUUCUGAAGCCUCUUCACCUUGGUGGUGCCAUGUUAUGUUCUUCUUUGAAUCAUCUUAGGCCAAUGGCACUUUGCCCUGAAUUGUGAGUACCAUCCCCAAAGUCAUCUAGAAAAAAAAAAAAAAAUGUAUAAAAAA